CUCUCGCUGUGUGCCAGUCGAGUCGGGACCACAGCCGCGGCCGAACCACCCAGCCGAACGCAGCCAGCCAGCAAGCCAGCACAGAGCAAAGAAGAAGACAAGAGACGUCCUCGCACCGCCCUUUGAAUGCUCUCGGAAUUUUUUUUCCUCUCGUCAACGGAAUGAACUGAAUGCGAUUUCCGAGAAGCGUUGCAUGCGGGUGCAAUUAAUUAGUCGAGACGGUUUUCGCGGAACGGAAUGCGAAUGUGCAACCGGUGCAUCGCGUGCUGAGAGGGUGCACGGCAGCAGGGGGUGGGUGGGUGGGUCGCGGGUGGGUCAGCGGCCGCCGCUUCUGCAACAGUGCAAAGGUCGCCUCCGACGCAGCACCUCCGAACCUCCGUCACGGACAUGUGCGCCGCCACCUGCCUCACCCUCUACGUCAUGGUGCGCGAGCUGUCGAGUUCGGGCAGCGGGAACUCUGGGUCGCGGUCGCUGGACCGGGCGCUGCAGAGCGGCUCUCCGGGCGGAAGCAGCACGUCCAGUUCGGCGUCGAGCAGUUCGCUGAGUCUGCAGGGCCGCUUCACCAGUCUGGGCGCCGCCCCCGCCGACGAGGCCCUGGCGCCGGCCUCCACCGCCUCCACCCUCUCGGUCGCACCCCCGUCCGUUUCGCCCGCCCCCUCGGCCGACCACCUGCCAGACUUCUUCCACCACAACCCUGAGCACUGCGCCGCCUCCUUCGCCGCCAUCAACAAGAUGCGCCAGAACUCUCAGUUGUGCGACGUGGCGCUGAAGGUGAGCGGCGAGGUGGUGCCGGCGCACAAGGUCAUCCUGGCCUCGGUCAGCCCUUACUUCCACGCCAUGUUCAACGACGACCUGGCCGAAAAGUCGCAGAGCGAGGUGACCCUGCACGACGUCGACCUGGCCGCGCUGCAGCUGCUGGUCGACUUCGCCUACUCGGGCCACAUCCUCAUCACCGAGGACAACGUGCAGAUUCUGCUGCCGGCGUCCAGUUUGCUUCAGAUGGCGAGCGUGCGCGAGGCGUGCUGCAAGUUUUUGAUGCGCCAGCUGCACCCUUCCAACUGCCUCGGAAUUCGCAGCUUCGCCGACGCGCACUCGUGCAAGGAGCUGCACCGGCGCUCGCACCGCUUCGCGCUGCAGAACUUCCAGGAGGUGAUCACCACCGAAGAGUUCCUCCUGCUGCCCUUCAACGAGGUGGAGCAGCUCAUCUCCAGCAACCAGCUCAACAUUUCCAGCGAGGAGAAGGUGUUCCACGCCGUGCUGACCUGGGUCAAGCACGACCUGUCCGACAGGGAGCAGCACAUUUCCAAGCUGAUGAAGCACGUGCGGCUGCCGCUGGUGGCGCGCGAGUUCCUGACCACGGCGGUGGACUCGGAGGCGCUGGUGCGCAAGGACGCCGAGUGCCGGGAGCUGCUGCUCGAGGCGAUGAAGUACCACCUGCUGCCGGAGCAGCGGGCGGCGCUGGCCUCGAGUCGGACGCAGCAGCGGCGGCCGGACGGCGCGCGGCCCUACCUGUUCGCGGUGGGCGGCGGCAGCCUGUUCGCCAUCCACAGCGAGUGCGAGUGCUACAACCCGCGCACCGACCGCUGGAUGCCGGUCGCGCCCAUGCUCUACCGACGCAGCCGCAGCGGCGUCACCGCCCUCGGCAGGCUGCUCUACGUCGUCGGAGGGUACGACGGCGCCACCGACCUGGCCAGCGUCGAGAGCUACAACCCGAGCCUCAACAAGUGGGCGUCGGUGACGCCGAUGGGCACCAAGCGCAGCUGCCUCGGCAUCUGCAGCCUCGACGGGCUGCUGUACGUGUGCGGCGGCUACGACGGCGCCUCCUGCCUCAGCAGCAUGGAGCGCUACGACCCGCUCACCGGCGUCUGGAGCUCCUGCCCCGCCAUGGCCACGCGCCGCCGCUACUGCCGCGUCUCGGCCCUCGACAAGUGCAUCUACUCGCUGGGCGGCUUCGACUCGAGCAACUACCAGUCGAGCGUGGAGCGGUUCGACCCGCGCGUCGGCCGGUGGGCGCCGCUGCCCUCGAUGAGCAGCCGCCGCAGCAGCUGCGGCGUCGCGGCCCUCGAGGGCAACCUCUACUGCGUCGGCGGCAACGACGGCACCAUGUGCAUGGCCAGCGCCGAGCGGUACAACCCCCGCAGGAACGCCUGGGAGCCCGUCGCGGGCAUGCACUCGAGGAGGUCGACGCACGAGGUGGUGGAGAUCGACGGGUACCUGUACGCGCUGGGCGGCAACGACGGCAGCUCGAGCCUCAACUCGGUGGAGCGGUACGAGCCGCGGCUCAACAAGUGGACCAUCGUGACCUCGAUGCUGACGCGGCGCUCGAGCGUGGGCGCCGGCGUGCUCGACUGCUGCAAUUUGGAGAAGACGCUGACCGGCACGGCGACCAAGAGCGUCGUCUAACUACGCACUCUCCUCACGCCGCUCGGCCGUGGGGACCAAGCUGCUGCCGCCAUCGUCAGGACCACCCCAUUCUAAAUCUCAAGAGAGCCACGCGACACGCACGUUCUCAAACGCAACCAAUGUGAUUUUCGAGUCUCUCUGUUCUCACGAGAGGACGUCCUCGCGCGACAACACUGCCAAACAUGCAAACAAACCGAUCUCGUUUUCGGAAUACAACUUUUAAUUUUAUUACUACUCUCGUCACAGCCAUAUCUGCACACACACACACAGAGAAGGAGGGAAAUAAAUUCCGUGGAAAGGGCGAAACCUUGGCUGUGAUACCAAAAUACCAUUAUUUAAUAAUCUCUCGCGUAUUCUUAUUAAUUUGUAAACUUGCCAUCUGCGAAUAAAUGCGCGUGUAUUGUUAAUGGAAUAUUGUGUGAUAUGCAUUUUAAAACUUUUCAAGCUGCGUGUGAACUACGGUAUUUAUUUUCGGGACCAUCAUUUUCUUACUAUUGAAAGCAUCGCUUCAAAUUCAAAAUUAAAUGCACAAAUUCGCGUAGCGUAACAAGCAACCACCACACAUUGAACAACAACAAUUAAUCGUCCCUCUCACUCAACGGUAAAUUUAGUCUGUCCUAGUCUUCUGCUCUUGCUCCCUCUGUCCACCGUUCCCUGCAAAAACAGACACUUUAGGAUGCGCACCAAUUGUCUCGCGCCGCGCCGCGCCACAGCCCAAAAAUUAGCAAAAGUAAACCCCGCCCGCCCGCCCGCCCGAUAAUCUGUCUCGUAGUGAGUGUAUUUGUCGCAACACAAGCGGAUGGAAAUGCAAAUAAAAUGGA